GCUGCCUCACACAACCAGUGGCAAUUUUGAAGAAACUUGUGGAGUUAAACAGCCAGGAGGAACUUUCCCUUCCAGCUGAGUUGUCAGAGAAUCACAGGAGCCAAAAAUGAAACUGAUCCUGCAAUCCAUCCUCUGUUGCUGCCUUCUGGCAACAGUAGCACACUGUGUGGAGGUCGAAGUGAAUCCACAGUUGAAAAAAAGGCUAAGCAUAUGGCUGGAGCGCAGAUUGAGACGGGACCUUGACAGUGUAUCAGUAGAGAAGACAGCAGAGUCUGAGAGCUUUGUCAGAGCAGAAGACAUCAGGGAUAACCUGCUGCCACAUUCCAGCAGUGACAACAGUAUCCGAACCAAGAGGUCAAAAAACACAUCCAACCAGUCAAGAAGGCAGGGUUGCUCACUAGGCACCUGCACCGUGCACGACCUGGCACACCGCCUGCACCAGCUCAACAACAAGCUCAAGACCGGGGUGGCCCCCCCCAUCAAGAUCAGCCCGAUAGGAUACGGCCGGAAACGUCGGUCUCUUCCGCAGGACAGAGUCGCACAGAGGGAAGAGCGAGACGGGCUGAGGCCUGAGUGGAGGAUAAGUGACUCACAGGUUCAUAAGCUCACUGCUCUCCUCAAACGGACAUGAUCGGGACUCUGCAAGAGGAGUUUGUACCAGAAAGCAAGCGAGGAGCAGAGAGUGUCCUCUCUACUCUGUUUUUAUGAGUUUCAAAAUGCCUCAGACUCUUGUCAAGAACUCUCCAGCACAUUUUUUAUUUUUUAUUCCAGGCAUGAGAGUCAGACCAGGACUGCGUUACACUGAGUUUCUCCAGAGGCCGAGCUGUUGCAGCUCAGCGGUGUAGAUUGUGCAAACAAAACUGCAGCAAGCGUGCAGACACUGGACGGCACAGCGUGGCGGAAAAACUACAGGUGCUGCUCUCUGCUUGGCAGGGAGGCAAAGGAAGGAGUGCUGAUACCUGGCAAAGAGGGAACUCUCUUCCAAACAUGGCGGGACUUUACACACUUAUUCCUCACGGCCAGGACUUAUAGAAGUGCUAUCCUCUAAGGAUUAUGCUAAUGUGUUCAAACUGUCAGUACUUGUGUGCACUUUCCCAUUUGGACUUGGGGUCAAAUUAAUCAUCAGGAAAAGACAUGUCUUUCAUCACAAUGCCAAACAAGAAGAUAGGCCGCAGAGCUGCGAGGCUCUCGGUUUAUGUUACGAUUUGGACGCUGUAAAAUGGAAAAUGCCUUUGAUUCUGUGAUACACGUGCCGGUCCAUGAUGGACUGAACUAUACUUGAAAAUUGUUAUUGUUUGUACAAAAACCAUGUGCAAUCUAUAUUUGUUUUUAUCGCAGGUAUGUGUAUAUAUGAAUCCCUUUAUUUAAAUAUUAUAUAGAGGUUACAUUAAAGUACUUUUGCAGAUAGAACUAUUUUUGUACAGGAAGAAAUAUAUAUAUGGGCAUUGUAGCUAUGUGUCAUUAUUCUUUAAUGCAAACUGUGGUAAUAGGAAAAUCUCUUUUAUAGGUAUAUAUAUUAUAUAUUUGUAAAUGUGCUCUAUUUUAUUUGUGUCAAAGCAAUAACGAUGUCACUCAAUAAAGA